GAGAGAGAGAGAGAGAGAGGAAAAGAGUCGAGCGUUUAGAGUCUGUAGACCCGCUGCCCAACAAAAAGGAGAGAAAAAACGAAGGAGCACUGGAACCUACUCCUUCCUUCCUCUCCCCCAAACAACCUACUCUUUCCUUCCUCUCCCCAAAGAGAACCGUAGAUCCGGAUAUAUACAUACACCAUAACCAUAUAUAUAUAUAUACACACACCCCUCUGACCCCACUCCAUUUUCAUUCACCAACCCAACCCAUUUGCCCUUUAUAUAUAGCCUGUCUCCCUAGGCGCUACCCUCUUCUCUUUCUCUAUUUCCUCCAAUCCUCCUCCCUCUUGUAUUUUCUCCAGCUCUGCACACAGUUAUCUCAUCUGGUAGCUCUGUCUAUCUGUUUCUCUAUCUGGGUCAGAGAUAACCACCAAGACGAGGGCAAAUGAUGAAGGACGAGUGGGUCACGGAGGCGUUAGUGGAUGACAUGGUAGUGGUGGAGCUGCUGUGUCGGCUCAAACAGUCAUCGCCGGAACCACCGCCGGUUCUUCCGCCGCUAGGGUGGGGUAACCGUCAGCCGCGGUCGAAGCUGGUCACGAUGAGGAAGGAGUCGUCGACGACGUUUAGUCCUACGACGCCGCUGUCUUGGAGCGACGGCGUUGGCGGCUCCGCUACGCCUAGCGACGGUGAGUCCAGCCGGCCAUCCGAUCUAUCCUCCGGUGCCAGAUCCAAGGGCCCUUUUACAAGCGAAAUCAACUCCAUGUGCACUACCACCAACGCUUCAAGAAGAAAGAAGACUUUCAUUGAACUUAAGGAGGAAGCGAAUGUACUGUUGAAGGAAAGACGACAUUUGAAGAGGGAGUUAGCAUCUAUGCAGGUAACUCUGAAAGAACAGAGGGACACAAGGGAGAACUUAAAGAGAAUCAAGGUGCACUUUCUCGUUUCUCCUGCUAGAUUUUGUAUGAUAGUAAGAGAACUCAGAUGGAUGAUGACGAAAUCAUCUGAUCAUUUUAGCAUGCAACCAUGUGUAUGGACUAUGGAUUGUGGUUCACCUUUAAAGGGUUAAUUCCAUUCCACAUGUAAUGUGCGUAUGGUGAUUAAAACUAAGAAACUUCAGUUUAAGAUUUUCCCCAGGACCCUUGUACUAAUGUUAAAUCCAACUGGCUUGUUUGGCUUUGUCUUAAGACUUAAAAAAAAGUUUUGUCAUCUGCGAUGGGUCGUCUGGCUCUUGCUCAAAGAUUGCUGGAAACACUGAAGUAUUGUGCACUUGAUGCUUUCCAUCCCCUGCUCCAUGGAAUUUGUACCUGUCCAUCACUCGAUCUGAUUCUGCUUACCUACCAGAAUAAAUUCAGUCUACCUUCUGAGAUCUGCACUCGAUUUAGCCUUGCCUUCGUGCUUCACAAUCCAGUAGAAUUGUCUUCAUAGAUGUAGUGAUGAUUUCACAAUACAAUUUGAGUUUAUUUGAGGGAAUUAAUUAGUAAUGAAAAUUUGGACGUGCAAGAACAUAUUAACUCCAAGCUCUAGUUGUUGACAUUGCAUCUCUUUUGCAAAGGAGGAACAAAUGACAUUGUAAUUGAUGUAGCAGAAUUACUGUAAUUUUCGCUAUGGACCCAGUUGCAAGAACUUGAAACCCUUUCACAUUGGAUUUUUAUGAAAGUUACUUUUAAAAUAGUUUUUGAACAAUUUUCUUCUCGCCAUUUCAUCAUUUAUUUGUUUUCUUAAUUCUGAUGAAAUCUAAGAUACGGUGACAUUAAUGUAUUCCUUUCUGCAGCUUGAUUUGAGUAUGCAAUCAGAAAAUAAAGUAGAUGCACCAUCAGAUGAACCAGAUGCAGCAUUUUCCGAUCAGUGUAAAAAGAUGGAAACAUAUUCUUUUGAUUGUGCACAUUCAAUUUUGCAAACACAUGGUCCACCUGAUGAGGUAGCAUCAUCUGAUUCCAAUAAGUUUCAAAAAGAUGUUGAGGCCCAGAAACAAUGCUUCAUGCUACCUGAUCUAAAUAUGCCGGCAUCUGAGGAAGAAAGGGGUUUUGAGACUACAUAUGGGAUGAGCUGAGGAGAAACUAUGCUUUUUUCUCUUCGUUUCUCUAAAGUAAGUGGCGAUCAUAGUCUCAAGGGGCUGCCUGCUUGGGUCAAUAAAGAUGAUCUGCUCAUCCUGAACUCGCAUAUGGCAAAUGGGUCGGUUUUGUAAAGUAGGGAAAAUCAUCGUCACCCAGAAGCACAGCCACAGAUAUAACGACUCAGCAUAUGCUCUUUUUUGUGGAUUAUUGAGAAGCAAAAGAAGCUGGCAAAUAGUGAAGAGGAUUUUCAGGGCAGUGCAGAGAUUUUAGUGGUCAGACGUGUACAUAUUUGUAUUUUCCCUUAGGGUAACCUUGGUUACUUGAUUUGAAUCAUAAAUAUUAUUUCAUUCCUUUCUAAGUGUAUUGUUGCUAGAUGCUAUAUAAACUUAUUGAAGUUAAUGUCACAAUUUUGCCUACUCUUGGCUCCAUCAGAUC